GCCAUUUAUUACUUCCGGGUCUGGAACCAGUCGCGAUGCGAGCAGACAAUCACGUGCGGUCCUCCCCUGCUCUUUGACGUCCACGUCUGUGAGAUCUGAGCAGAGAAGCUGCAGGGAAAGGUGCACUAUGGGCCGUCUGGAGGGGAAAGUGAUUGUGUUGUCAGCUGCCGCGCAGGGAAUUGGACGUGCUGCAGCAAUAGCAUUUGCAAAGGAGGGAGCUCGAGUCACAGCGACGGACAUCAAUGGAGAGAAGUUGAAGGAGCUUGACAGCAUUCAAGGGAUUAGGACCAAGGUUGUCGAUGUCACAAAGAAGGACCAAGUUGAAGGCCUGGCCAAGGAACAUGACCAUGUAGAUGUGCUGUUCAACGUUGCCGGGUUUGUGCACCAUGGCACCAUUUUGGACUGUCAAGAGUCUGAUUGGGACUUCACAAUGAGCACUAAUGUCCGCAGCAUGUACCUCAUGUGCAAAGCUUUCCUGCCAAAGAUGCUGGAAAGGAAGUCCGGAAACAUUAUUAACAUGGCAUCUGUUGCAUCAAGCAUUAAAGGUGUGGUGAAUCGGUGCGUCUACAGCACCUCCAAGGCUGCAGUGAUCGGGCUCACCAAGUCUAUAGCUGCUGAUUUCCUUGAGAGAGGCAUUCGCUGUAACUGUGUUUGUCCUGGCACUGUUGACACUCCAUCACUCAGAGGAAGGAUUCAAGCCCAGCCUGACCCAGAGGCGGCUUACAAGGCUUUCAUGGCAAGGCAAAAAAUUGGCAGGAUGUGUACGGCUGAAGAGGUGGCACACCUGUGUGUGUACCUGGCCUCAGAUGAGUCUGCCUAUGUGACUGGAACAGAGCAGAUCAUCGAUGGAGGAUGGUGUCUCUGAGAAUACUGUAUGAAGUUCAUUUCGAUGCAGGAUAGUGUUUUUCCCCCUCAUCUGAAGCCCAAAUCAAAUGCACAGAAUGUAAAAUGACUCCUUUAAGGACUUUAACGUUAUGUAACUGAAAUCUUUGUCUUGAUGUGCACAUCCAACAUGCUAAACUCUAAACUCUAAAAUCGCGGCUACCGAAUACUAAUGUGAUCACUUAUAUUGCAGCCUUGAUUCAAAACUUGCAAAGCAGUUUUACAAAUUUUGAAUGCGAAUUAUGUUGUAAAAUAAAUAUACUCGUAUUAAAGGAAGUCUUUAACAA